AUGCCAUGGAAGAUACCAACUGAAGAGGAUAUCAUAGCCAUGAAGCAUGUUCUAGGACCUGAGAACAGAGUCGACGACGUGAAAUGGAACGAACUUCGCUAUCUAGAUCGGUUCAAAUAUCGAUUCUCGGCAGCAAGUGUAGCAAUAUCCUUCCUGGAGUCCCUGUCUUUAGUUGCACAACUUCAGAUCCGCAAGAUUGUAUUACAUGAAAAGAACAGGGCUGUGGCUUGGCCUCAGUGUCAUGCGCAAGGCUUCAUCCCGUUCUGUCAACGCAACCCAAAGCUACGAAUCGAGCGAAGAGUCGAUCUCUGGAAGGCGAUACUACCAGACGCAUCGGGCCUGUUAAUAGACAACGAAAAUCCGCGAUCUGCAAACGCACGUUCAGACCCGUGCGAUUCUGGGCAGGCUGACUCGAUCACGUCGGGGUUUCACAACCAGGGCUGCAUCGCCAACUGGAUCAUGGAAGUGAUGUCCCUACAUUCUCUUGGGAUGCCAUCUCAGUCCUUCCGCAUGGUCAUAGAUGGUGAUCUCACUCCGACACAAUCGACACGCAUCUUCGAUGUGGCGAAGCGCGAUGCUGCAUGGCAAAUCGCUUGUGAGGCGUGCUUGUCUGACCGUAAGAUUUGGCAAACCCCUCUAGACUCAUGGGAGAUUAGGCUUUGGGCUGUGUAUAUCAUGGAUGGUUUCCCAGAAGCUUUGCGCGCGAUAACAAUUGGUCAAUCUCCAGUCAGUUGCAACUUUGACAUUGGCCAGAUGCCGGAUACAGAGCUACUCGUGAGUCAGGACCGCACAUGGACGUUGGAAGAGUGGGGUCAUAAUUGGAGAGCUUCUGUACCUGCUAAUAUCGACACCGAGGUGCCCUCGUGCAGCUGGCUCGAUCUCCAGCGCGAGAACACACUGCCGCAGACCACACUCCCUUGA